GAGCCGUCAAAACAAUUGCCUCGAGCGGCAGCCAUGAUGGAUUUAAAGGGGCAGUACCAGCAAAGGCUGCAGCCAGAAAGAGAGACUGCUGCCCAGGUGAGGUCCCUUGGCCAGGAUGUCCGGCCUGGUGUUGGGGCAACGGGAUGAGCCUGCAGGCCAUCGGCUGAGCCAGGAGGAGAUCCUGGGGAGCACUCGGCUGGUGAGCCAGGGGCUCGAGGCCCUACGCAAUGAACACCAGGCAGUGCUGCAAAGCCUGUCCCAUACCAUUGAGUGUCUGCAGCAAGGAGGCCAUGAGGAGGGGCUGGUGCAUGAGAAGGCCAGGCAGCUGCGAAUUUCCAUGGAAAACAUCGAGUUGGGGUUGAGUGAGGCCCAGGUGAUGCUGGCUCUAGCCAACCACUUGAGCACAGUAGAGUCAGAGAAACAGAAGCUUCGGGCUCAGGUGCGGCGACUCUGCCAGGAGAACCAGUGGCUCCGGGAUGAGCUGGCUGGCACCCAGCAACGGCUGCAGCGCAGUGAACAGGCCGUGGCUCAGCUGGAGGAGGAGAAGAAGCACCUGGAGUUCCUGGGACAGUUGCGGCAAUAUGACGAGGAUGGGCACACCUCGGAGGAGAAGGAGGGUGAUGCCAGCAAGGAUUCCCUGGAUGACCUCUUCCCCAAUGAGGAGGAAGAGGACCCCAGCAAUGGCUUGUCCCGUGGCCAGGGUACCCAGCCCGGUGGCUAUGAAAUCCCAGCGAGGUUGAGGACACUCCACAACCUGGUGAUCCAGUACGCAGCGCAGGGUCGCUAUGAGGUGGCUGUGCCGCUCUGCAAGCAGGCACUGGAGGACCUGGAGCGCACGUCUGGCCGGGGUCACCCUGAUGUUGCCACCAUGCUCAACAUCCUUGCCUUGGUGUAUCGGGACCAGAAUAAGUAUAAAGAAGCUGCCCACCUACUGAAUGAUGCCCUCAGCAUCCGAGAGAGCACCCUGGGCCGGGACCACCCUGCUGUGGCUGCCACACUCAACAAUCUGGCUGUGCUCUAUGGAAAAAGGGGCAAAUAUAAGGAGGCAGAGCCGCUGUGCCAGCGGGCACUGGAGAUUCGUGAAAAGGUCUUGGGCACUGACCACCCAGAUGUGGCGAAGCAGCUAAACAACCUGGCCUUAUUAUGCCAGAACCAGGGCAAGUACGAGGCUGUGGAGCGCUACUACCGGCGGGCACUGGCCAUCUAUGAGGGGCAGCUAGGGCCAGACAACCCUAAUGUAGCUCGGACCAAAAACAACCUGGCUUCCUGUUACCUGAAACAGGGCAAAUAUGCUGAAGCUGAGACACUGUACAAAGAGAUCCUGACCCGUGCCCAUGUGCAAGAGUUUGGGUCUGUGGAUGAUGAUCACAAGCCCAUCUGGAUGCAUGCAGAGGAACGGGAGGAAAUGAGCAAAGGCCGGCACCGUGAUGGGACACCCUAUGCUGAGUAUGGGGGCUGGUACAAGGCCUGCAAAGUGAGCAGCCCCACGGUGAACACUACUCUGAGGAACCUAGGGGCUCUGUACAGGCGCCAGGGAAAGCUGGAGGCAGCUGAGACCCUGGAGGAAUGUGCCCUCCGUUCCCGGAAACAGGGCACCGACCCUAUCAGCCAGACCAAGGUGGCAGAGCUGCUUGGGGAAGGCGACAGUGGCAGGAUCUCCCAGGAGGGCGCAGGGAGCAGUGUGAAAUUUGAGGGAGGCGAAGAGGCCUCUGUGGCUGUGGAGUGGUCAGGGGAUGGAAGUGGGACCCUGCAGAGGAGUGGCUCGCUGGGCAAAAUCAGAGAUGUGCUUCGCAGAAGCAGUGAGCUUCUGGUGAGGAAGCUCCAGGGGAAUGAGCCCCGACCUUCCAGCAGCAACAUGAAACGUGCAGCCUCCUUAAACUAUCUGAACCAGCCCAAUGCAGUACCCCUUCAGGGAUCUCGAGGCCUCAGUGCCAGUACCAUGGACUUGUCUUCACAUCCCUCCUCCACGCCAACAGCGAGCUCCUCCUUUACCGCAGCGGGGAGGGGGCGUCCAGGGGGCGGGGCGCCGCGCGCAGGCCGGCGAGGAGGGGGCGUCGCUGGGCGGAGCUUUAGGGUGGCGGCGGCGCGCGGGGACUCGGGGCGGCUCCCGCGCUCCGGUGCGCUCAGCCUCUCGGGCCGGCCGCGGAGCGUAGUCCACGCGCUCUCCGUGCGCCCUCGGUCGUCCUCCUGGAGCCCGCUGCGAUGCGAGCUGCGCGCGGAGCCCGAGGCAGCCCGCCUAGGCUGCCUUUUCUUAGCGUCCUGCUACUGCUGCUGGGCGAACCGCAAACGCCACGUCAAUUCCCCCUCGCACAUGCGCAGUAAGAUCAUGUCCUCCCCGCUGUCCAAGGAGCUGCGGCAGAAGUACAACCUGUGCUCCAUGCCCAUCCGCUAG